GUCAACAUGGUUUCAUAAAUAAUGGUCUGAAUUGGUUUUAUCUGUUAUUGCUAGUUUUGUUCAAUACUUUUGCCAUCAUAACCGACAAGCGAAUCGAUAUAAUGCUAACCUAUUCUUACAUUGAAUAUGCAUUACAAAUCUUAUUAUUUAUCAUGUCAUCAUUUUCCGAUCGUACUGAUCAUAUCGAAAACUUGGACAAUGAAAAAAAUCCAAUUAAACUUUGUCCAAAAGAACUGUCAUCAGUUCCGUCAAAGUUGACAUUCUGGUGGUUCAAUAGUUUGGCCAUCAAAGGCUGGCGUCGUCCUUUGACCAGCCGUGAUUUAUGGCGCCUUCCUAUCUGGAAUAAUUGCGAAUAUCUAUUCCAACAGUUCAAUCGGAUAUGGAAACAUCCCAAAUUCAUGCCACAAGAUAAACAACACCAGGAUGACUAUUUGCUUCGAAAGAAAAAAAUCAAUCUAUGGAGCAUGUUUACCAAAAUGUACUGGUCAUAUUUCCUUUUUCCAUCCUUGGCUCGCGUCUUUACCGAUCUUCUGCAACUGUCCAAUUCGAUGGUUCUCAAAUACAUGAUCAAUUUCACGACCGAUCCGAUAGCGCCACUUUGGCAGGGAAUAUUCUUUUCGUUUGUAUUUAUGGUCACCAACAUUGUUCAAAGUUUUAGUUCUGGUUAUCAAGCCCAUCGCAUGGCUGUAAUGUCGAUGCGUAUGCGUGCCAUAAUGGUAUCGGUGAUUUAUCGCAAAACCUUGGUAUUGGCCAAUCAUGCCAAAAAAAACUAUGCCACCGGUGAAAUUGUCAAUCUGAUGGCUGUCGAUUCGCAACGUUUCACCGAACUGCUCCCAUAUCUGUGUUUUCUUUGGACGGCACCCAUUCAAAUUGCCAUCGGACUAUAUCUACUGUAUAGCGAACUUGGCCCUGCUGUCAUUGGCGGUGUCAUUCUCAUGGUGCUCACAAUUCCGCUAAAUUCCUUUGUGGCAAGCAAGGUGAAAAAAAUUCAACGCAAACAAAUGCAAAUGAAGGAUCAACGUCUCAAAGCGGUAAGCGAAAUGCUGAACGGAAUCAAAGUGCUCAAAUUGUAUGCAUGGGAACCGGCGUUUUUCGCGAAAAUUCGCAACAUUCGUCUGCGCGAAUUGCAAUCUAUCAAAAUGUCCGGCUUGGUGCAAACAAUAUUCAUUUGCUUUGGAAGUUGUUCGCCAUUCUUUGUGGCAAUGCUCACAUUCACCACCUACAUUGCCUUGGGCGGCGAACUAACUGCAGCGAAAGCAUUCGUAUCGAUAUCGCUAUUCAAUAUUCUACGCAUACCCCUUAUCGUUAUUCCAAAUAUGCUUUCCGGCCUCAUUCUCACGAUCGUCUCCAUGAAACGCAUCAACGCAUUUUUGAAUCAAGAUGAAACACGGGAUUACGUUGAACGCAAUCCUAUGCACGAGGAUGCCGUUUCGGUGAAGAAUGCAUCGUUCUCAUGGGCUGCCCAUCAGCCAAUUGACCCCAACAUGGAAAACAAUGAUGAUAAUCAACAAUCCAAACCGAUGCUCACUUUGUCCGAUAUAACCAUGACUAUACCGAAAAAGAAAUUAGUCGCCAUUGUGGGACCGGUUGGUUCGGGUAAAAGUUCCCUGCUACAAGCGCUGCUGGGUGAAAUGCAUAAACAUUCCGGCACCAUCAACAUUGAUCGUGAACAACAAAUGGCCUAUGUUUCGCAGCAGGCAUGGAUUCAGAAUCUAACCCUUCGUGAUAAUAUUCUGUUCGGUCUGCCGUAUGAUCGACGAAAAUAUGACCGUAUCAUUGAUGCCUGUGCAUUGCGUCCCGACUUCGAAAUGCUAAAUGGUGGUGAUCAAACUGAAAUCGGUGAAAAAGGCAUCAAUCUUUCUGGUGGCCAAAAACAACGUGUCAGUAUUGCACGUGCUUGUUAUUCCAAUUCCAAUCUGUUUUUGUUUGAUGAUCCCUUAUCAGCUGUUGAUAGCCAUGUUGGCAAGCAUAUUUUCGAUCGAGUUCUUAGCUCCCAAUCUGGUAUUCUCCGUGAUCAUACUAGGAUUUUGGUCACCAAUGCACUCUAUGUUCUGCCGUUGGUCGACCAGGUAGUGAUGGUGAAAAACGGGCGAAUCGAAGAUAUUGGGCCAUAUCAAUCGCUGUUGAAGAGCAACCCUAGUUUCCAGGAACUAAUACAAAACUAUGCUGCCCAAGCAAAUGACGACGAGGACAAGGAUCAAUCGAUAUCGAUCAUCAAUGAUCAAUCAAUACCAGCAGCAGCAGUAGCAAUUCCUAACUUAGUUCGAUCGGUCAGUGAGUAUGUUGAAUGUCAAAAAUCAUCGAGGAAAAACACCCAAACAUCAAUCAAAUCACGUCAUUCCCAUUCAACAGCAAUCAGCAAAACCGCCAAACCAAAUGAUCAAACCAAAUUGGUGGAAGCGGAAAACAUAGAAACUGGUCACAUAUCUCUAUCGGUAUUCAAAAAAUUCCUCCUAGCAUUAUCACCACUAUGGUCGGCAGCUAUCAUAAUCAAUUAUGUUGGCAGCAGUGCUUCAAGUGCAGGUUCCAAUUUCUGGCUUUCUGUCUGGACCGAACGUGUCGACCAUGAUCCGGAAGAAUCUCGCAACUUGACCAAUUUGAUCAUCUAUUUUGUCAUUGGAUUUUGUCAGGUAUUUUUCGUCAUUUUCGGUUGGAUGUCCAUCAUCUAUGGAACAUUGAAUGCUUCGCGCACACUACAUCAACGAUUAUUGGACAGUAUUAUUCAUGCCCCUAUGCACUUUUUCGAUACAACACCAUUAGGGAGGAUCAUGAAUCGAUUCAGCAAAGAUAUCGAUGUCCUUGACAAUUACAUUCAAUUCAUUAUGAGACUUGUCCUUAACAAUACCUUACAGGUGAUGGUCACAUUGGUCAUCAUAUCGAUCAAGACUCCCAUAUUCUUGGCGUUUGUGCUUCCCUUUAUGGUUCUAUAUUUUUUCAUUCAACGUUUCUAUGUGGCCACCAGUCGGCAACUGAAGCGUAUUGAAUCCGUAUCUCGCUCUCCAAUUUUCACCCACUUCUCCGAAACUAUUCAAGGUGUCAACACCAUCAAAGCAUAUGAUGCCACCGAUCGUUUCAUUCACGAAUCGAAUCGUCGUGUUGAUUAUAAUCUUCGAUGUUUCUAUCCAAGUCAGGUGGCCAAUUGUUGGCUUCAGAUACGACUAGAAUUCCUGGCAAACUGCCUCGUUUUUUUCGCAUCCUUUUUGGCCACCAUCACCAAAGAAGGUUUGACUGGCAGCAGUAUUGGUCUUUCGCUGUCCUAUGCUUUGAAUGUAACACUUUCGCUGAAUUGGUGUGUUCGGAUGUUUGCCGAAAUCGAAAACAAUGUGGUUGCCGUCGAACGUAUCUCCGAAUAUACCGAUGUCAAUCCUGAAGCUGAAUGGAAACUCGAUUCGAUCGACGAUUCAUUGCCGCAAGAUUGGCCAAAAGAUGGCGCCAUUCAUUUCAACAAUUAUGCCACCAAAUAUCGUCCCAAUUUAGAUCUUGUCCUGAAAGGCAUCGAUAUCCAAGUGGAGAAAGGCGAAAAAGUAGGCAUAGUUGGACCAAGCGGUUGUGGCAAAACCACAUUAGUUCAUUCGCUGGUUGGCCUAUUGAAACCGAAAUCCGGUUAUGUGAAAGUGUUCGGUGAAAUACCCGGAUCAGCCCGAUCACUGGUGCCCGGGCCAGGCAUCGGUUACAUGCCACAGGAAAUUGGCUUGUUCGAAGAAUUCACCAUCAAAGAAACAUUAUUCUUUUUCGGUCGACUUUAUCGAUUGCCGAUCGAAACGAUUCGCGACCGGAUAGCGUUUUUGAUCGCUUUUCUCGAAUUGCCGGAACAGGAUCGUUUUGUGGCCAAAUUGAGUGGCGGCCAAAAACGUCGCGUAUCAUUAGCUGCAGCAUUAGUGCAUAAACCACCGCUGUUAGUAUUGGAUGAACCAACCGUCGGCAUCGAUCCUGUUCUUCGUCAAUCAAUUUGGUGUCAUCUUCGAUCGCUGUCCUCGCAGGAAGGAAUAACCGUCAUAAUCACUACUCAUUAUAUUGAUGAAGCCCAAUAUGCAUCGACUGUUGCAUUCAUGAGGCAUGGUGCAUUGCUGGAAGAAGGAAAUCCCCAACAAUUGAUUCAGCAAUUUCAAUUGAAUAAUUUGGAACAAGUUUUCCUCGCACUUUGUCACAAUACUAAUGCCACACGUAAAAAUGAAUCAUCAUCUUUCGAACGCAAACAAUAUGCUGGUGCGGCCGCUAAUUGCUGCAGCAAUUCCGAAAAACCAUUAUUACUUAUGGCCAACAAUAACCACAAUCACAAACAAUUCGACGAUGAUGAAUCGAAAACCGGAACCGAAGAAUUGGAUGAUGAUUUAGUUGAACAACAACAAGCAACCACCACCACUACGAUGACAUUGAGCAAUUCCACCAAUAUGAUGCCCACACCAUCAGCACCACCACCAGUUGCUCAACGUUUAUUGAUGAAACGCAAUAAAAUUCUCGAUCAUUUUGCUCGAAGUUCAGCACUGCUGACCAAGAAUUUCAUCCGAAUGUGGCGUAAUCUCCCGGUCAUGUUGUUUGCUUCGUUGAUUCCCGUCCUUCAAUGUACCUUAUUCUUUCUUUGUUUGGGUCGUGAUCCAUUCGAUAUUCCGGUUACAUUUUACAACGGUGAAAUGCAUCCAUCCGUGAAUCGUUCGAGUAGCCUUUAUAGUUUGGAGAUGCUUCAACAAAUCGACAAUCACAGCAUUCAUCUUACCGAAGUGGCUUCAAUCGACCAAGGUUUCCAAUCGGUUCGUUCGGGUCAGGCAAAAGCUUUUCUGCGAUUCGGACCAAACUUCACUCGGGCCAGUUUCGAGAAAGCAAUCGAUUACAUGUCGAUGGACAAUGAAACGUUGGCCGAAUCGUUCGUCGACCUUUACCUGGAUAUGUCUUCCCAAUUUCAUGCCAUGAAAAUCAAGGAAAAAAUUUACGAAGCUUUCCAUAAAUUUUCUCGACAUUUAUUGGCCGAAAAUGGCUACAAUCCGGAUGUGGCUGAUUCACCCAUUCGGAUUCCAGCACCGUUGAUGGGCAAUGAAAAUCCCACAGUCACCGAAUUUAUGGCACCUGCAUUCAUAAUGUCUUUAUCAUUUUUCGCUUCGAUAGCUACGGCUGCAUUAACAUUAGUUUUGGAACGCAAAGAUGGCCUUCUACAGCGAUCACUAGUGUCGGGUGUAUACCCCAAUGAAUACAUUCUCUCGCAUGUUAUCACCCAAACUGUGGUAGUCAUUUUCCAGAUAAUUCUCGUCCUUUUGAUGGCAUUCUUCAUAUUUCACAUUCCCAAUCGUGGUCCAGUAUUUUGGAUAUCUGUUCUGAUCGUUAUGCAAGGUGUAGCCGGUAUGGCAUACGGUAUUAUGAUAUCGGCCAUUGCCAAAGAAGAGAAUUUCACAUUAGCUGCUUGUAUGGGUUCAAUGUUCCCUCAAUUCCUAUUGAGUGGUGUGGUAUGGCCAGUGGAUACGAUGCCUCAGUUUUUGAUCUAUGUAAGUACGAUCGUUUCGCAAGCAAAAGCAAUGGAUGCUGUUCGUUUUAUGCUAUACCGGGGCUGGGAUCCAUUCAAUCAUUGGGAUGUGGCCGUUGGUUUCAUCAUUUCCGCCUCGUGGACAGUAAUCUUUCUAUUCAUAGCGACAAUUCUGUUCAACAUCAACAAAUAACAGUAAUAA